AUGCGCGAGAUUCACGGUGAGCACGUCACGUUUACCGGGUGCCGCAAGCGCUUCGACGACCUCAUGGCGGCCUUCGAAAAGGACGCCGUCAAGGCGAUGCGAGCGUCAGGCACCGAAGAGGAAGUUAGCGAGCGCGACAUGCUCCUUCAGGAUAUUUCCGACCUUACGGAGGCCGUGGCGGACAAGAAAAAGGCAGCCAAGGAAGACAAGGUGAAGAAGGUCGACAAGCGCGAAAACGACGGGCACCGCAUUCGUGCUGCGGCGCUGCAAGGUCUCAAGCGCAAGACAGCAGGCGGCGACGACCAGGAAUCGGACCAUGACGACAACGCCGAAACGCCAUCGAAGAGGUUCAAGCGCGCCGCCGCAGCGACUAACGACGUAGCGACCGUGGCGAGCGUUGUCAAGGACUUUUCCAGCAUGAUCGAAUCGACCAACAAGCUGAAGGAAGACGAAAUUGCCGCCAAACAAGAGGAAAUUGCCGCCAAAAAGGACGUGAUUGCCGUGAGGAAGGAAGAGCUCGCGCUCAGUCAUCGCAAGCUUAAGCGAAGCAAGCGCACCAGCUCGAUGAUCUGUUGCUUUGUAAAGCGGAACUUGUACAGACAAUCGGCCUCGCUUUGCGCGGCAAAGUUGAACCGUGUACUUGGAAUGGAGAUGGCCCGGGAGGUCGCACUACUGGCGAGCUGGACAAGAAGCAAGACGAGAGGAAGCGCAAGCAGUCCGUUGUCCAUUGUUCAAUCGCUGGUCCAAUCGAAAAUUUUGAAAUAA